UGAGAUGCUAGUCCAUGCUAACUAGUUGAAGUACUAUUCUCUCUUUAAACAGUAAACACUCAUUGUAAUGUAAAACAAUGAUAACGCCAUUUUUCAUUGUUAAUAGUUAUGACGAAAAAGUCUGUAUAUAUUUAUCUUAUGUUACAGGUUUUCAGCUUUGCUUGGCAUUCACCACAGGUGCACCUACAAGUACAGUAUAACAGUGACGCAGCUAUGUCUUAAAUAACUAUGGUGACACUUACCAUAGAGAAACGUCCUACUCUAGUCGUGAUUGCGAAUCAGUUUCUGGUUGAUCGACUACUUCAGACGUUUCAUUACAGCCAUUCCCUGACAUUAACACAGUUUUUUUAAAGAAUAAUAAUAAAAGGCAUUUUACAUUUAGACAUGUAGAAGAUUGUGUAAAACAGGGUUUUCAGCAAAGUUUUGAUUAUUUUGAUAUUUAGAGACCUUAGUAUCAAAUAUGUUACAGCAGGAUUUAAGGCAUUAAAACACUAAUCAGAUUUGUUUGAUUAAAUUAGAUUGGUUUGUCACCAUGCCAUAAUAACUCCAUAGUAAAACAGGGCAGAUGUGUGUUUUGUUUCACGGCCAUGUCUGUGUGUUGGCUCAAUACUGCCACGGCACUUCUAAGGACUGCAUGAUUUUCACUUUCAUUUUCACUUUCCCUUUUAUAAAGAGUUUGGUUUACUCUCAGUCAUCUUGCAUAGCGUCAGAGUUUCCAGUUGGUCGAAGGACGUGGAAUCUGUAAUGUGAGAGGACAGUAUGAGACUGGUUUCACUUUCAUUUACUCUUACAUAGUGUCAGAAUGUCCAGUUAGUCCAAGAACGUGGAAUCUGUGAGACGUGAGGAAAGUACCAAGCAACCAAUGGCUAAGCUGCUCCAUUGGCUGGAAUAUGUCCAUGAGGGAAACUCCCAUAAAUGUAGCUACCUGUUUUAAGGACUGUAAUCUCGCCAUUUAUUCUGAUGUAUACUGUGGUACAAGUAGGCACUUUAUUUCAAAUAUGGCAUUGAAGCAAACAAAAGUGUUUUACAAUAAGUUGAAAGGAAAAAAACAGCUUGGGAAUGAAGAGAAACCUUUAAUGAAAAACAUCGAGCAGACAGAUGGGGAACAGACGUUUGAAUGCAUGGAAAGUUCAGAUCAGUCUGGAGGGCUUCCUGAUCUAAUUGCUCCAGAUGUUGAAGUGAAUGGCGAGAAAGUGCUCGAUAUUCUCAGAAAGAUUCUGAGUGAACAAUCAAACCCUGAGGAACUUGACAAAGCAGCUGAGGUGUUAAAAAGAUGGAGCAAACGUAACGGUGUUAGCAUAGACCAGAAAGAAGGCAGCUUCCCUCAAAACUGGCUCUGUGAGUAUUUUCAAGAAAUAGAUCAGUUUGUGGAAAAUCACUUUCCCUUGCUGCCAGAAGAGGGACCACCAGGAUCUCAGUUAGAGCAGUUACAGGACUUUCUAAAGAGCACACAGAGCAAGAUAUGCUUUGAGGUGAUUCGAUUAACACCGGUACUGGAAGAUGCUGGGCUGCUAGUUCAUCUGACUGACAGUUACAGCCGUCACCUCUUUACCAAGUUGGACCUGCUGCUAAACAGAGAUCUGUCUGCGAAGGAGACCUUCUGCUUAAUAAUGUGGGGAAAAGAUGUUUUCUUCAGUCCAGAUUUGCAGCAUGUCUUCAGAGUGUAUGACCCUCUGCUGUUGACAGGAUGGUUUGAGAAAGCAAAGAGGAAACUGCUUCCAAAACUAAAGAAUGAAAUCUCUAAGACUCUACAGAACAUCCUGUGCUAUGAGGAGCAACAUGGGCAUAAUGAGGACUCAAUGAAUGAAGAAACUUUCAUCAGAGUGCACUUAGAUGUUAUUCAGUGUCUGAAUGCUGUUAUUGAAAAUUCUAAAGCAUUUAGUAACACCCUUAUGUGUAAGGCACAACCGCUCUGUCUUAAAGAGCUUCAUCGUUUUGUUCAGAAGUAUGUGGAUGCAGAGAAAAAACAUCUUAAAAAACGGCAACCCCUAAACACAAACUUUGUGUACCUGUUUCGGAUCAUCAGCACCUGUAGGCAACUCAGAUUUUAUGCUCCCCAACUCAACAAUCCGGAUACAAACAAGAGUGGCGAUCUCUUACACAUCAGCAACAUGUUAAAGGAGAUGGAAGUUCACGUUUUGUCUAUUGUACAAAAGAUGCUGAAACACUUAGCACAGGACAAUUUAAAACAUUAUUUCAAAAAGGGGAGUGAGAAAAUUCAUAUCCUGACAGAGGAAAUUCAAAAGCAGUGUGCAUCUCUGCCUCAGAAUGACGAGAUUCAAGAGAUCUUUGGGAAUGUCGCCUACGACUGUGUUUCACGCGUGUAUCUCGAUUGCCUGAUGAAGAGCAAGAUCAAACGGCUUAAAAAGAGAUGGGAAAAUGUUGGAGAAAAGAUGAGAGAGGACGCUCACAAUUUUCACAACACAUUCAAAGAACUGAAUGGCAGUGAUGACCAAAGGAACAAGCUCCUUCUGAGAAUGAGUGAAGUUUUGCUUUGCAGUGAUGUAGAUGCACUGAAGCUUACCUGUUGUAAGUUGUUCAAAGACCUCCCUGAGGACAGUGAGCAGUAUGUACCUGGUCUGCUGCGCUGGAAGGGGGUCUUAUCAGAGCGACAAAUAAGGGAAGUACUGGAGACGGUUCAAGUCGUUUACCCGGAUCCAAAUCCUAGAUGUGUCACCCGUCGUCCCCUGAAGGGCCUUUGCUGUUGUCUUUGGUGUGAAUAACACCAUGAGCCAAAAAACGUUGUUUACAAGUGUAAUCAUGGCAUGACUGUUUCGUGACAUUCAGUUUGACACAUUUUUCUAAAUAUUAAAUUGAAAAUAUUAAUUUUUCAAAUAUUUUAUAUAUUUUUGUGUCAAAUGAGAUUUUGUUUUUACUUGAAAUAGGAAAUAAUGGAUUUAUAGACCAUUUGGCAAAAAGCGAUGAUGUAUUUUGUGGGUGGAGCCUAACGUUUUUCCGCCACCACCACAAUGCGCGCACAGCUGCAAGCCGAUUCAGGGCUACUGGCCCUUUAAUUCUCGUGCUCCACGCCCACGGAGCUCGCGCUUGCCUUGAACAGUGCAUAAACAAAGUUUACACAGCUAAUAUAACCCUCAAAUGGAUCUUUAC